CGUUGGUUUAAAUACAUAUUGUGCACACAACUGUUAUAAUAUUACAGAAGUUCAGAAACUUUGAAUACAAAAAUAAUUAAGGAGGUAUUAUAAUGUUUACAAUAGGUAUAAUAAUAGAUUCUUAUAUAAUGUUUAUGAAACAUUUAAGAGAUUAAUUUUUUUAUUUAUGAUAUCUUCUUAUUAAUUUAUGGUUAAAACCUCUAAUCAUGGUAUUAGGGCCACUGAGAGUAUUUAAUGUAAUAUACUCAAUAUUAAAUAGAUUAUGUUUGCAAUACCUAAUUGAUAUUUUUGCUAUAAAUUGCAUACAUAACAUACAAGUUAUGAAAUCUUAAAAAUUCUUUAUCUUAUGAAAAGGUUUCUAAAAAAUACUAUGUAUUUAAACGACGGGAAUCAUAAUAUUAUUUUGAGUCAAUAAUCAAAGGACUGAUGAGAAAUUGGGUAAAAACUAUUGGGUAAUAUUAUUAGCAAACAACAGGUCACAAUCUAUUGGAUUAAUUAUCUUAAUUAAUAUUUAGUAGAUUUAUUUUCAAAUAUUGUACCAACAAUAUUUAUAACAGUAUUUUUUUAUGAUAAAAUUUAUUAUAAUACAUAUUAUAAAGCUUACAUGAAAAAUAUAGGUUCCAAAUAAAUUCAAUGUACCCCUAUUUCAAAGUUAAUAGAUACUAAUUUUAGGCUUAAGUUAGAUUUUAAGAUACAAAUUUUAUAGUUUUUGUUCUUUCGAAAAUAACAACCACAUUUUUAUUUUUAUUUUCAGUUUUUAUUUACAGUUUAAUAUUGUUGUAUGGGAUUUAUGAGUAUCCUUUAAAUUAAAGGUUCCCGACCUUUUUUACUCCAGUCCUCCUUUUAAGAUUUGUAAAAAUGUCCCGCCCCCUUAUUAUAAAUCAAUUUACAUGACUUUUUUGGUAAUACUGGGAAUUAAGUAGGUAAUUUAAACUUUUAUCAUACACAUAAUAUUAAACGAUACAUAAUUGUUAUUUUUUUAACCAAAAAAUAGAUAGAAAAUAAUUUGUACUAAUAUUCCAUUUGUAGGUACUUAAUUAUUCAUUAUUUUUUAUAGAAUGUUAUUUGAAAAAUGACAUUUCACCGUGACAUUUCUGUAUGCCUUCCUUUGUAUAGGAAAACGCUGCUUUAAAUAGUCAAAUAGUCUUCAAUUAUUUUAUUUGUUUGUUAUGUACUCAUGUAUUAUAGCUUUACACAGGGGCACUAUUUCAGUUUUAAAAUAGGGCUGCCAAAUUUUUUACCAGGCCACAUUUUUCUACCACCAGGUUACAGUUAUAACAAUGAAAAUUGAAAUGUAGCCAUGUUGGAGUGAUUUCUAACCUUAGGUAAUAUUAGGCAUGAAAAAUAAUUAACAUUUUAAGUGAUAACACCGAUAAAAAAAUAAUAUCAUUAUUCAUAUUAAUAUACAUUUUCUUUCUAUAUCUUUAAUAUCCAAGUAUAUCUAUGUAUAUCCCUUUAUUUAUAAAAUAUUUUUUCUUAUAUUAAUUAUUUCAAUUAAUUCAAUUUAACUGAUACAUUGGGCAACGGCGCCUCAUGAAAUUAAGCCAGGCCAAUAUGAUAUGUCGAAAAUUAGGACAGCCAAUGUAUACCCAGCGAUACCCCUGGCUUUACACAGUUUUUAAAUGCAGUAUAUUUUUUUAUGUUUUUGGCAGUGAUGGGAAAACUUUUAAAAAAUGAACUUUUCAAGUUCUGGGGCUUGGUUUUCAAAAUGAACUAGUUUAAUUUCAAGUUCAUACAAUUAAACUAUGGUGUUGCAACAUUUAUUACUGAACUUGGAUCCCCUUUGACUCCAGAUAGUCGGGUUAGUGAGUAUUCUAUUCCUUCUCCAGAUGAAUGUGAACCCAUAAUGGCACCCCCACCACCUUUAGCGAAUUCUGCUGAUGAAAUUGAUUUAGCAUGUUGGCCAUGGAGUGAAGAAUGGGCAGCUGAUUGUUCCAAUAUUGAAUUAUUUUCUGAUGCCUGUGAUACUACUGAUUAUUGCAAGACAGAUACAAACAUUGCCAAUAUUGAACUUGACCAAAAUGUAAUUGAGGAUGACUCGUGUAAUGACAAAUUAAACAUUUUUCAAAAUUCGUCAAAAAUAAACGACUUGUUUAAUUCAUUACCAUUAGCUCAAUGUAAACUUAUAGAGUCUUCCGAUAUUAAAUCCGAAUGUGACUUUGUUCCUGCUAAAAAGUUUCUUGUGUCUGAUGAAGAAUCACCAACAAAAUUUACACUUCGUAGUUCUGAUGAACAUUUUUCUAAUGACAUCAUUACUUCUCUACAAUCCAAUAUUUUAGAUAAUAAAUGUUUAUUAAAAGAUGAAGAGUCAUUGUUAUCUUUACAGUUUCCAUCUUGUACCCCCUCAACGUGUUCAGAUAGUUUUGAUGAGACUGAUUUUAAACUGUGUGAAGAUCAUAUGGACAACAGUAUUUCAAUCAAAUACAUAAAAGAUGAAGGUGAAAAAUCAAUUUGUGAAGGUUUAAUUGAUACAUCUUCAACCAAUAAUUUCAAAUUAAAUAACAAUAUUUCUGAUGAUGAAAGUGAUUCUAGUAGUCCGCAUAAAAAGUUGUGUGUAGAUCAGACAAUUAAACUGCCAAAUAAGGGUAGGUAUUUUAUGAGAUCAUCUUCUGGUUCUUCUCAUGAUUUAUUCAAAUCUAAAAUUCCUCACUUAUUGAACCAAAAUAAAAACAUACAAGAUAAUUUUAAAUCAUCACCAACAAGAUUGAAAUGCUCUCUUCGAAAUCCGAUCAAUAAACAUCAGCAAUGUGACAUUAAUGGUUCAAUAAGAAAUAACGAACAACUCAAUUAUUCCACAACCGAAUUAACAUCAGUUGGUUUUGAUUCUAAUAAAAUUAGAUUUCCAAAGUUAGAUAGUCAUUGGAUUUCAUUGAGAGGAAAUAUUAUGUGUCGUUGGAAUAAUUGUGACAGUCAUUUUACUGCCACUGCUAAGCUCAUUGAACAUCUCCAGGUAAAACAUGUAAAUUCUCAGACUUUUAGUGAAAGUUUUGUGUGUUUAUGGUCAGACUGCAAAGUAUUUAAUAAGCCAUCUUGUUCACGUUCAUGGCUUGAGCGUCAUGUGUUAAGUCAUGGGGGUAAUAAACCAUUGCAGUGCAUCGUUCAGAAGUGCAGACAACGUUUCAGUUCUCAAAUAAUGCUUGAAAGGCAUGUGAAUCAACAUUUUAAGUCUUCUAGUAAUAGAGAGGAUGAAGGUCUAAAUGGUAAAUUAAUAAGAAGAAAGGGAAAGAAAUUACGUCUUCGUAGGCAACCGUUCACUGCUAGGAAAUUUGAUUAUUUUGAUCAAGCUACAAUGAUGGAAUUACAAAACCAGCUAUUUUUAAGUACACAGAAUAGUCAACAGGAUUUUAUUGAUUACAGUCGAAGAGCCAUUAAAUUUCAACCUAAUGUCAUUGCUAGAAGAAUAUUGGAAGGAAGCAAAACACAAGAAGUGCUGAUGCGAUGGUUUCCUCCUAACAUAUUAGAAGAUGAAUGGAUCACUUGUGAUAAAAAAACAAAUUUUAAUGUGAUUGAACGUGUUGUACCUAUUAUGUCAAUGAGCACAGAAAAUCGGGAUUCAAUUACUAAACUGUUCGGUAAUAUUUUUCCACCUUCAUCUCGACGUUCACGUAAAUGAACAUUUUAAAUUGCUGCUACUUUUUUGUAAAGGAAGCUGCUUUAUAAGAGGUGUUCUUAGUUUUUAUUCUUCUACAAUUCUUGUGAUAUUUUAAUCUAGUACCUAAGUAAUAAUUUUAAUUUACCCAUGUGUCUUGGUUUUUACAAAUUAAAUAGAUAAAUAAUGGUACAAAUAAGUGCCUCAAAAUAGUAAUUAUUAAGUGAUGCAAAUGUGUCACCAUAAAUGAAUUGUCAAUAAAUUCUAGUUCGUUUAACAUUAUACAUAUCAUUGUGGUCAGUUAGGCAAACCAUUAGCAUAUUAUAGUAUACAACCAGAACAUGCAGAGUACUAACAUUUAUUUUUACUUAAACGUGUAUUAUAUUAGUCAUUUUGUUUUGUAAAUACUAGUCUAAAUGUGCUCUGUAGUCAAAGGUUUAUAAUGUUAUAUUCCAUGCAUUUGUCUACAAACGUGAAACAUGCAAUAAGAAUGACCAUAAAUGAAUCAAGAUAUAUGCUAAUUUUGUACUUUAAUAAUUAUUGUAUCUAUCUUGUUACUCAAACCUUCUGUUAUCUAGAAUCAUAACAUUUAUAUUUUUUAUAAAGAUAUUUAAAUAUAUUUUUUUCUAAAAUCAUAGAAAAAUAAAUACAACUAAAUAUUUAACGUGGUACUGACUUUUAAGUGCCAUUUGAAUUUCAAUGACUGAUGGAGUUAUUUCUUAGACAUUUACACAGUGAAAUUAUAAAAGAUUUGCCAAGUAUUUUUCUUAUUCAGAUGAGGACAUUUUUGUAUUUAUUUAUUUUUCUGUUAGAAGAACAUUGUAUUACUAAUUUUUAAUUAUUUAUUCAAAUAAUAUUUCAUGACAGAUCUCAAUUAAUUGUAUUUGAAGUAGUAUUAAUAAAAUAAUUACUCAUCAAUAAUUUCAAAAGUUUAUUUUACCAUGUGUUUUAUAAUUUGCUUUUUAAAAUAAUUGAUUUUAAACAAAAUACAAUACGUACCUAACACAAAUCCGAUCUAUACUAAUAGUAUUAUUGUUUAUUUUUUUACAAAAUAUUUUUCUUUUCACUCUAAGCUACAUAAUUAAUGUGUACAUUGUAGGUAAAUAAUUUGUUAUUGGUUAAUUAGAAAAUUAUAUUUACAUUAUAAAUAAUAUAUAAUAUGUAUAAUAUAUGCGGUUAAAAUUGUUUACUGGGCCUAGACCAAUUUAGUUACAUUAAAAUUGAAUGGUUAAAUAUAUUUUAUCAUUUAAUGAUAUAACAUUUUAACCAUGCUACUAUAAAUUAAAUAAUAAUAAGUAUGCAAUAUGUAAAGGCAAUAUCCAAUUAACUUAUGUAUUUAAGAAAAAAAUAUAUAAUAUAAUCAUUAAAUACAAAAUUGGGAUUAGUUCAUUUGAUGAUCAUUCAUUCACUAUUUUAGUCACAAUUUUACAAGACUGCAAAAUGUGUCUUAUUACACUAAUCUCAUUGUAAACAUUAUCAGAUAAAUCAAUUUUAACUGUGUAAGCUAUAUAUAUAUAUAAUAAUAAUAACUACUCCUUUUUUGGAUUUUAUUCAAUUUAAACAUUUUGUGUACCAUAUUUUUAUUUAUAAAAAAUUUGUAUACAAAGUGAAUUUUUAAUUAAUUGUUUAAUGACCUACAAAUACAACAUCACAUUAUUAUUAUUUAUCAUUUUAAAUUAAUGAUUUUAAGUCAAACUUUUGUUGGCUGCUAAACUUUUAUAGAAUAAAAGUAUAAAAAAUGUGUAUUUACUAAUUUGUUAAAUUUUAGCGAUUUUUGAUAUUUUUUCUAUCGUAAACAUUGUUAUGGAAAAAAUAUUAAUUUAAUUACUGUUUACUCAUAUUAUUUUUAGAAUUAAUUGCCAAAAUGUAUUAUCAUAUAAUCAUUUUCAUUGAGCAAUAGAUUAUAAUUUAUGUGGAGGCUUUCCUGUCAAUUUUAACACCAGUAAUGUAAAUGGAAUGGUUACAAAAAUAUAUUGUUUGUAUCCAUGAAAACCAAAAUGUAUUUAAGUAUUCUAACAUAAAACAAUAAUGAUAAAAAUACAUCAAUUACAAAAUUUUCAUAAUUUUUUGAAAGAAAUGCCUCCAAAAAACAUUAUAUUAUACACAAUGUUGUUGAAAUGAAAAUAAUGAUUAUUAUUUUUGUAUACGUAUUUUCAUGAUUUAUGAUUUUUGCAUUUAUCUUAUUUUGAGUUAGUUAUUUUAAUUAAUAUUAAUUGCUUUUAAAAUUGAAUUUAUUAUUUGAAAUGCAUGGUGUAUUCAAUUUACCAAUUAUACCAUGGCCAAAUGUGAUGUUCAUAUUAUAAGGCCAUGAGUAAUAAAAAUAAUUUUAAAAUGUAUUAUUUAAAUUAUAUAAUCAUAUUAAAGAAAAAAAAUAAUGAAUUAGGUUAAUAUUUAUAUAUAAAAUACUAAAAUUGUAUGUUUUGAGUCCUUUUGAAUUACUAAAAUAAUUUUAACUUUAAUACUGUUUUGAGUGAAUUUAGUGAAUUAUAAUUUAAUUUUUAAAUAUACAGUGAUUAGGUGAUUUUAGUUUAUUUUCGUUUCUUAAAUCUAUACUUUCUCUGUAUUUUUGUUUUUUGUUUCUUUUUUUCACUUUUUUUUAGUAGUGUAUUUUAAUCUAUUUAUUUUUUGUAUUACAUUAUACUUUAAUUCUAGUCUUAGUUAAAUUGUAAAUUUAAUUUAAUUUCUUCUUCAUUAGAUAUCUUUAAAUACUAUACCUUUCAAUAGUGUCGUGCUUAACUACAUUAUUUAUUAAUGUUAAUAAUAAUUUGUUGAUAUUCUUCUAUAUAGUUAAAAAAUACAAUAAUGACAAACUAAUACAAUUUUACCCAUGUCCUACAUUUUAAUAAAUAGUGUAAUUUUACUAUUUAUACUUAAAGACUGAAUAACACUGCCAAAUUUGUUAAAGAUCUUUAACGUAGCUUAAUUCAAUAUAGUAUUAUAGUUAUAAAACUAUACUAAAAUAAAUUUUAUUAUGAUUGAACGAUAGACUCUACAUUUUCUAAGGUGUUCAUUUUUAGUACAUCAAAAUUAUUUUUUAACAUUUAGUGUAUACAAAUUAUUUAGAUGAUUAAAAAUUAUAUAAUUUUGCAUUAAUUAUUAUUUAUUCAUUUUUUUUUUUUUUUUUAAGAAAUUUAAGACUUACUAUAAAAAAAUUUAAGUAUUAUAAUAGGUGUGAAUAUUAUAAACAGUGAAUAAGUAAAUUACUUUGGAACAGGUUCUUAUUGUAAAUUUGUUAGUUCAAAUAUUAUAAAAUUACUUAUUUAUUAUUUUUUUAAGCUUUAGCAAAAAGACAUGUUACAUCUGAAAUUAUUUAACAUAUUGUAUUCAACAUUUUCUUCCUUUGUAUAAAACAAAUUGUUUAUACUGAUUUUCAUGAAUAUAAAGUUUUAUUUUGUAUUAAAAUAUUUUUUUAAGCUGUGUGAUUGUUUUAUAUACCUGUAAACAUAUUAUGAACUUAAAUAUUGUAAAAGUAGUAAUAUUAACAUAUAAGUAAUGGUGUGAUACAUACUUUACUGAUACUGAUUGUAUAUAAUUAUUUAUUAAUAUUAUACAUGUGUGUAUUUGUAUACAUAUUUAGGUAGUUGUGUUCAAUAGUAACAUUAAUUAUUUUUAUUUAUAAUUUGUAAGAACUUUAUUAACAUUAUACAAAUACAAAAAUAAAUAAUGAUAGAUUUAGUUUAAUGUUUUUUUUUUAUUUUUGUUUUUAGAAAUAUCUCUAGUACGUUACAUAUUAUUAAAUUCCUAGUUUAAUAUUACACUCAUGAAAUUAAUUUUGAUGUACAGCAUGUCAGAAUAGCUUUCAACUUUGUCAAAAUAAUUCUUUAAAACGGAAUUAUAGUAUAUUAUUUAAUUUGUAUAAAUUGAUAAACAAUAG